GCUUGGUAAGCCUAUAAUUUGUGUAUAAAUGGGAGCUAUUAGUUGGAACAUUACUCCCUUCUGGAACUGUGUAGAUGGAAUAUAAAGGGAUACAGCCUAAGUGACUUGAUAAGAUCAGAAAGGAGUUGUUCAGGGUGAGGGGAGGUGAAAUGGGCCCAGAGAAUGAGUUCCCUAAUUAUCUAUAUGCCCUUGCCAGGACAGGGACAGGAGCAGUUUCAUCUAUUAGCCAUGGGGGAGAUGGAGCAAUUGCGUCAGGAAGCUGAACAGCUCAAGACACAGAUUGCGGAUGCCCGGAAAGCCUAUGCAGACACCACCCUGGCAGAGCUUACUUCUGGUCUAGAGGUUGUUGGGCGGAUUCAGAUGCGAACACGCCGGACUCUCCGAGGACACUUGGCCAAGAUCUAUGCCAUGCAUUGGUCUACUGACUCCAAGCUGCUAGUGAGUGCUUCACAAGAUGGAAAGCUGAUUGUGUGGGAUACCUAUACAACCAACAAGGUCCAUGCCAUCCCACUCCGUUCCUCGUGGGUCAUGACCUGUGCGUAUGCUCCAUCGGGAAACUUCGUGGCUUGUGGGGGACUGGACAAUAUGUGCUCCAUCUACAGCCUCAAAUCCCGAGAGGGCAAUGUCAAAGUCAGCCGGGAGCUGAAUGCCCACACAGGUUACCUCUCCUGCUGCCGGUUCUUAGAUGACAACAACAUUGUGACCAGCUCUGGAGAUACCACAUGUGCUCUAUGGGACAUUGAGACUGGGCAGCAGAAGAUGGUAUUUGUGGGCCACACAGGAGAUUGCAUGAGCCUAGCUGUUUCUCCCGAUUUCAAACUCUUUAUUUCUGGGGCUUGUGAUGCCAGUGCUAAGCUUUGGGAUGUACGAGAGGGGACUUGCCGCCAAACUUUCACCGGGCAUGAGUCUGACAUCAAUGCUAUCUGCUUCUUCCCAAAUGGUGAAGCAAUUUGUACUGGUUCAGAUGAUGCUACCUGUCGUCUCUUCGACCUUCGGGCCGACCAGGAACUAAUUACAUACUCACAUGAAAGCAUCAUCUGUGGGAUCACAUCAGUUGCCUUCUCCCGAAGUGGCCGCCUGUUGCUGGCUGGCUAUGAUGACUUUAACUGCAACAUUUGGGACUCCCUGAAGGGUGAACGUGUUGGGACCCUCUCCGGCCAUGACAACAGGGUCAGUUGCCUGGGGGUUACAGCUGAUGGGAUGGCAGUGGCCACAGGCUCCUGGGACAGCUUCCUCAAGGUCUGGAACUGAAGAAGGUGGCAAGAGAUGGGAGAAAAGGGCAGCUUGGAUUUCUGUUACCCUGCAUCUUGUUGAAGAUUCAAAUUCACCUGUUCCACUUCCUCAGUACUUUCCCAUUAAAGGGCAGGUAGGAAUUAGGAAAUGUCGAGAAUAACAUGGCAAGUAGCAAAGCCUGGGUCAGAAUGGCCAUAUAGGUUCCUCCCCUCCUACUACCAUCAACCCUACACAGAUGUGUAGCCUUUUCCCCCACUUCCUCAAUGGCCAUUCUGACCCCUAUCUAGCCCCUUCCCCCCUUCCUUUCUAAAUACCUUUCACAGUGCCCAAAGCAAGAUGGCUAGCUCUGACAGGCAGCAAAGUUUUAGAAAAGCCUGGAUUCUUCACCAAUAGCUUCAGCAAUCACCAUAGAAGACCAGACCUAGAAGAUAUAACUAGGUAUAAUUGGGCUAAACUACAACCUCAUUCCCCUUUCUGUGCCCCCCUUAUGGACUCUCUUUAAGCCUUGUUUCCUUUUCUAGCUCAGAUUCAAUAAAGGGCAGCACUACU